ACAGGGAGGACGCCACCCAGCCCCGCCGCUGGAUCACUGCUGGGCUUCUCUCCUCGGGACACAAACACUACUUCACUUCUUCCAAACAGCUGGGAUUUAUUUGUUUUUUCACCUUGGCACACCGGGGAUGGUUAUUGUCGUUUUGACGCGGAUCUUUCCCUCUUUGGAAUUAACGCGGCGGAGGUGAAAUGAAAGUGACGGUGUGUUUCGGGAGGACCCGGGUGGUCGUUCCGUGUGGAGAUGGGAAUAUACAAGUCUCCAACCUGAUCGAACAAGCGGCCAUGAGGUAUAAGAAGGCGAUCGCUAAGGACUCCAGCUACUGGGUCCUGGUCCACAGGUUGGAACAUGGAGAUGGAGGCAUUUUGGACCUGGAUGACAUGCUGUGUGAUGUGGUGGAUGACAAAGACAGGCUGGUAGCAGUAUAUGAAGAGCAGGAUCCUCACAAUGGAGGUGACGGUACCAGUGCCAGCUCCACUGGUACACAGAGUCCUGAACCCUUCGCCAGUGACAUGAGUUCAGCGUCUGCCUUUCAGCCCUACCAGGCCAGCAGUGAGAUUGAGGUCACCCCGUCCGCUCUGCGAUCCAACAUGCCUCUUCAUGUCCGUCGCAGCAGUGAUCCCUCCUUGGCCGGCCUUCCCCCUGGCGAAGUCCCGGUCGGUCCAGAGGAACCGUCCAGAAACAACCCUUCUCGCUGGUCCACAACUGUUGGCUUCCAUAAGCACAACCACAAACCAAACACCAGCGCUGGCACUGGCAGUCUGGAACGAAAGGGUAGAGGAGGCCAUGCCUAUCGAAGUCUCCCUCGUGAUGCGAGUGGCUGGACCACUCAGUUCCAGAGAGAAAUGACUCGAUCUUCCCUGAGCGCCAACCAUCCAAUGGUGGACCGCUGGCUUGACAGGCAGGAACAGGAGGAGGAAGAAGAGCGCAGGAGACAAGAAAGGAGGAUUGAACGGAUAGAGCCAGUAGGGAGGGCUGACUCCUCGUUGGAAUAUUCACCUGUAUUAAAUCUAGAAGGCAUGCUCAAGCCGGUCGAGGUGUCCAACGGAGGAGGCCCCCUGGGGAUCCACGUAGUGCCUCUCAGUUCGCAGGAUGUCAGGAUUCAGGGCUUGCUAGUGAAGCGUCUGGAGCGUGGAGGCAAAGCCGAGCAGGAGCAUCUCUUCCAGGAGAACGACUGUAUCGUCAAAAUUAAUCAGGGAGACAUCCGCAACCUGCGCUUCGAACAAGCCCAGACCAUCUUCAAGCAGGCCAUGCGUGGCCCAGUCAUCCUCUUCCACGUGGUCCCCGCCGCCAUGAAGAGGCAGUACGAGCUCAUGUGGGACCCCAACGAGCUUAGCUUGCCUCACCACAACAGAGUCCACUUUAGCCAAGACUCUCAGCAUUCGGGGGACCGGUCCAGUCUGGUGGGGGGGCUGACAUCCAGAUCUGGACCACAACCAGGCCUCAACCACAACCACCAGGGACCCUUGGCAGGAAGCACCCCAGAGCCGAGCCGACGGUACGCCACGUUACCCCACAACAUGGUCUCAAGGACCGCUUCAGCCCCCUCCCCCUCUCUACAGCGCAGAAUAAGCACAAACCCAUCCAGCAGCUCCUAUCUCAAGAACAAAGGACGCAGAUUCAACAUCCAGCUGAAGAAAGGUCCAGAGGGUCUGGGGUUCAGCAUCACAUCCAGAGACGUCCCCAUUGGUGGCAGUGCUCCCAUUUACGUCAAAAACAUCCUCCCUCGAGGGGCCGCCAUCCAAGAUGGCCGACUGAAAGCUGGAGACCGGCUGCUGGAGGUUAGUGGAGUGGACCUGAAUGGUAAGAGCCAGGAGGAGGUGGUGGCCCUGCUCCGAGCCACACCCAUGGGUGGGACUGUGAACCUGUUGGUAACUCGCCAAGAGGACUCCCUGUUGCCGCGAGAAGUGCAGCCAGAGGAAGAUGACAUGGUGUUAACACCUGACGGUACACAAGAGUUCAUGACCUUUGAGAUCCCUCUCAAUGACUCAGGCUCAGCAGGCCUGGGGGUCAGCGUCAAGGGGAACCGCUCCAAGGAGAACCACGCUGACUUGGGAAUUUUUGUGAAAUCUAUUAUCAAUGGAGGAGCUGCUAGCAAGGAUGGCCGCCUACGAGUCAACGACCAGCUCAUUGCAGUCAAUGGGGAGUCGUUGCAUGGGAUGACCAACCAGGAUGCCAUGGAAACACUGCGCAAAUCCAUGUCUGUAGAGGGCAACAAGCGAGGGAUGAUUCAGCUCAUCGUGGCGCGGCAUGUGUCCAAAAACAAUGAGGUAACCCCUGGCAGCCCUCCAGUUUCAGAGCAUUCUGUGACCUCUCUGCUGGACAACCAUGAGCGCCGGAUUUCCAACUCCCUGUAUGAAUCCAUUGAAGGCAUGGACAACAACUCCACACCGGUGUCUAAUAUGAUCGGACGCAUUGGUAACUACCAGCUCUCUCCGACUGUGAACAUGCCGCAGGAUGACAUAGUGAUGAUCGAAGACGAUAGGCCGCCCCUGCUUCCUGCCCUCUCCGACCAAUCGUCCUCCAGUUCCCACGAUGACAUGGGCUUCGUGGGAGAGAACCCGGUGCCCUGGAUCCACGAGCUGCCGGGUCAGAAUGAAUGCUCGCUCAGUCCAGAUGCAGACGGUGACACUUCGUUCCUGAGGGAGGGCUUCGGCCGCCAGAGUAUGUCAGAAAAACGCAUCAAACAAUAUGAAAAUGCUAAUGACCUGGACAUCCUCAAGACGCGCAAGUCGAAGAGCAUGGAUUUAGGUUCUGCAGAACAAGAGGUCGGACCCUCGCUGGGCCUGAAGAAGUCCAGCUCCCUGGAAAGCCUACAGUCAGCUGUUGCAGAGACGACACUGAAUGGCGAAAUCAACGUCAACAGGCCGCGCUCGCGGAUCGUCAGGGGCCGAGGCUGCAACGAGAGCUUCAGAGCUGCAAUCGACAAAUCAUAUGAGAAACCUGGUGUCACAACGGCAGAAGAAGAGAACAGCAUGGAGACAUUGGACGAGGACACAGAGGGAAGUUCCAGAUCAGGUCGUGAGUCGAUGUCCACCAGCGGCGAGGGACUGAACGGCAACCUUCCCAAAGACGACAGGCAGAAAGAUCGGGACAAGGUUGGGGGGAAGGAAAAGAAGAAGCCUGAGAGGGAUAAAGAGAGGGAGAAGGACAAAAACAAAGCCAAGAAAGGCGUGCUGAAGGGCCUCGGCGAAAUGUUCAGGUUUGGAAAGCACCGGCGGGAUGAACGGCCAGGAGACAGGAUGGAGAGGAAGGGCUCCAGUAAAUCUAAAGCUGAGGACAUGCAGGCGUCAGAGGAGGAGACCCUGCGGAUGAGACUGGAACAAGAGAGAAUACAGGCCAAGAUGCGGGAACUUCGGGAAAAGCAGGCGAAGGAGAGGGAAUAUGCUGAGAUUGGAGACGUUGUCUGCGGCACCUUCAGCUCCGAUGAGGAGCACACCUACGCUGGCAUCGGAUCGUUUGACUCGUCGGUGGAUAGCAGCACAGAGCCUUACAACCACCACUACCAUCUCCCCCAGAGUCCCCAGGACCCCCCGCGUCCCAUCAGCCUACAGGACAACGGCCCACCACUGGAGGCUCUGUAUGCCCAGGUCAACAAACCCCGCAAUGGACGCCCUGCAGCUCCAGACAGCAGUCAGAUGGCUCCCAGUAACCACGACCGGAUACAAAGGCUGAGGCACGAGUUCCAGCAGGCCAGGCAGGAGGAUGACGUCGAGGACCAUAGGCACACCUACAGCUUCAACCAGUCCUGGGUGAGCAAUGGGACGGAGACACCAAGCGGACGUCAUUCAGUCACAGUGGAUUCUCAGGUCCAGAAAGAGCAGCAAGAGGACAGAGAUGGUUUCCAACAAGCACAGAGACAGUACAGCUCCCUGCCACGGCAACCCCGUAAGGCCCCCAGCACGGCAUCCCAGGACUCAUGGGACAAGGUGUACAUGCCAGCAGAGGGAUUCCAGAUGCCCAAGGAGAACCCUCGCCACUCCGGCAGCCACGGGUCACGUAACGGCUACCUGGGAGCGUCCAGCUUCAACGCCCGGGUCCUCUUAGAGACUCAGGAGUUGCUGAGGCAGGAGCAGAGACGCAGAGAGCAGGAGGCCAACAAGGCCAGGCCACCUCCCACACAGGAAACCCCCAGCGGCAGCAGCACCUACGACCACAGCAGGGACCACACUCAGGCCCCUGGCUCUGCCCCGCCGCAGGCCCCACCUCAGCCCAAGGGCCCCUACAGACAGGACGUACCCCCGUCACCUUCGCAGCUCGCCAAGCUCAGCAGGCUUCAGGGUUCAGAGAAAGGGAGGCUGUUUUACUCCUGAGACGGAGGCAAGGAGCUAAAAACUGUUGGGAGAUUAGGACUGGUUCUAAGGCGUAUUAACAGGGAAAAAUACAAAGAGGGCAAUGAGUCUGUUUUUUAUAAAAUGCUGAGAAACAAAGAUUUUAUAGGACUGUUGAUAGAAAAUGUUCAUAUUUAAAAACAAAAAAAAAAGAUUUUUUAAAGAUAUGUACAAUAUUCUUUAUAGUUGCAUCAAAAAGAAAUGGUUUUAGAUGUUUUACUGUCCAUAAUCAUGAUCAUGUGUAUAACCCAGAUUCCAAAAAGGUUGGGACAUUGUGUAAAAGGUAAACUAAAAAGAUCAUUUGCUAAUCAUUUUGACAUAAAUUAAAUCAAACUGUACAAAGAAAAUAUAUUUUAAGUUCAAACUGAUAAACUUUAUUUUAUUAUUCUAUAUUUACACAUAUACGGAAGCCCUGAAAGGAAAGGUGAAAAAAAAAAAUGCAGGCAUUUGUUGGUCAAACCUAAGUUUAUCUGUACGUACGAGAUACGUUCAUGGAUAUUAAGUAGCCAUGUGGAACAUGUAGUCUCUUCACAAUAUGAUUCCAUCAGACCUUUUAUCUACACUGUUUAACCCUUGACAUUUCUAGUUAACUAAUAAGGUAAAACAUUUAGUUUUUGCUGCAUUUUGCUGAAGUUUUACUCCCUUUGCAUUGUACGUCAGGCACUUCCCUCAAAACAGCCUAAUUAAGCCUCUGUCAAAUUUAUCUUUUACGUACGAGAUUAAAAAAAAUUCACCUUACCUUUCAGGGCUUCCGUACACAUAAGGGGAAAGGGACUACUGUGUUACAUCACCUUUUCUUUUAACAACACUCAGAAGUGUUUAGGAGCUGAGGACACUAAGCGUUGAAGGUUUUCUAGAGAAAUUAAUUUCCAUUGUUUCUUGAUGUGCAACUUCAACUUUCCCAGUUUUUUUUGCCCCGCCCCAACUUUUAUUAAAUGUGUUGUUGAUAUCAAAUUCAGAAUGAACACAUAUUUUAAAAAAUGAAACAUAAAAUAUAUAGUCUUUGUAAAGUUAAAAAAAAAAAAAAAUCACAUUCUGUUUUAUUUAUAUUACAGUGUCCCAACUUUUGUGGAAUCAGGAUUGUAAAGUGCCUUCUAGUCUAUCGAUUGUUCACCUUUUAUGAGCAUCAACCCAUUUUUUACUCAUAAUGUGCAGCUUUGACCCAUCCAUCUGAUCCAUUCAGUAGAGCAGACACUACAGCAGAAGGCAAUUGGUUUGGGCCGUCACUGCAUCACCACGUCUGACAGCAGCGUCCUCAACAUAAUAACCCCGAGCACAAGACACGGUCCAGACGUGGUUUUGCACCACUCAGGGGGGCUGGCGGGGAUCUCAGUCGAUACCACACGUGUGUGAAUGAGGCUUAUUUUUUACUGUUUGUGGGAAUGUUCAUGUUCAUGUGAGUGCACGUAUGUGUGUGUGUGUGUGUGUGUGUGUGUGUGUGGUAGAGUUGGCGUGUAGUGACAAAGUGUGGAGGUUAAGCAGCUUGUGUCAGAGCUUGGGUUUUGGGCAUGAUUGCUCACCCUCAACCCCAACCCAGUUCAGGGAAAUGUCCCCUUUGGUUUCAGAGUGUGUAUCCUCCUUCCAACCCCCUCUUGUAUUCAAUAUGAUAAUCCUGAAUUCUCUUUUUUCCUCUGCUGGCUGCUUUAUCGCCAUUUUUUCUCUUCCCAUCGUCACACUCACCAUACGGCACUCUGAAACAGCUUUAGAUCUCCUUUAUUCCUCCCUGUCCUGCCUAUCCAGGGAACCCAGCGGUGUAAAUGGGGUCGGGUCUGGGUUAUUAAUUUAUGUAUCUCAUUAAAAAUGAAUGGGCCCCUUUGUGUGUGUAUGUUGUCAUGUAUGGCGAGAAGGAAGAGACCUUGCCAGCGCAGCUCUGGCCCCGUCCUCUCCUACAAUGACUUGGCUGUAACCGAAGCCUGUUGGCCCCUAGGUGUCUGAGUUGUUCCUCGCUGAAUAUUUCAUCAGGGUGGUUACAUGGGAAACCACAUCAGCUCUGCAGUAGGUGGCCUCAGCCUGUUCACCGGCCCGAUACAAUGGAGCUGAUUUUGUUUUCUUUUCAUGAUUAUGUCCAUUGGUAGAAAACCACUCGAGAGCUUUUCUGUCGUUCAAUCAAUAAUUAGUGGUGUAUUUUCAGUGUGUGCAAGAGUGUAUAUGUAUGACACUGUGUGUGUGAGUGUGUGUGUCUUUUCGUCCCUGUGAAAACCACAUUUAGUUGGACAUUUUUUGCAAUGUGAGGCUGUUCUUAAAGGAUAACGCAGAGAUUUAUUUUGGACUUCAGUUAAAACUAGAAAAUUUCUAAAGGCCCGUGACUCUCACCCACACAUUAUUGGAUUACAAUUUAAACUGUUUUCAGGCUUUGGUAAAAGCAACCAAGGCCAAGUGGCGUCCACCAAUCAGAGCAUAGCAAUCAACUGAAAUCAAUUGUUCCUGUGUAAUUUGACACCAAUGAGAUAGACAGAAAAACAGCUAAAAAGUAUCUCUUGAACAGAAGGCAUUUUUGUCCAAACCGUAGCUCCUAUCAUUCAUCUGACUUCAUCCUGAGUUCUUUCUGAAUGUCUACAUAUGUGUUUGGUGAAGAAAAAUUAAGAAAUUGUCUGUUUAGAGCGAUCCGAAGAAACUGGUACCUGUGCUUUUCUCAAGAAAUGUUCCCUCCUUUUUACCAUGGCGGUCUAUGAGGCUGUGGGUGGUUUUGGUAGAUCAUCUGUGCGUCCUACACCAAAACUAUAACUCUGACAGCUUUACCGUAACCAAUGUGAGGGAGAAGAUGCAUUUUCCAACGUUUCUAUGUAUAUAUUAUUUCUGUAGAGUGGCAUUUGCGGCCUCCAAAUUUAUUUUUUGACAAAUUUUUCUCUCCCUCUCCACUCUAGGGAUGAUGUCAUCCACUCUAGCCUCUCCAUAGGGUAAAUUGGCAGGUUUUUUUGGAAUGUUGUUGCCAAAUAAUUUGAAAAACCCUUACAAAAGUCAAAGCACACUUGUCAUGGCCGAGCCAGCGGAGUAGUGGACCGUAAAAAAAAAAAAAACGGAAGAAUAAAAUCUAGGAUUAAUCCCGGUAAAUAAUAUAUAGUGUGUUUUUUGAAGCACACUCAAUUAACUUUAAGUAUUAUGUGUAAAUUUUUAAAUUCAUCAGAUUUUUGAGCCAUUUUUCUUUCAGUACAUUGAGAUGCACACAAGACACCACAUUCCUCAGAAAAUUAGGUUACGCAGCUAAAUGGAGAAUGCGGUUCAUGUAGUAACCUGGUUAAUGGAAAACUCCAUAUACAGACAUGAUUUCUCCCAUAUCCCUUACAUUUCUAUAAACAGCACAAGACUAAGGUGUCGGAAGCAUUCUGGUUUCUGUUUGUAGUCCAUUUGUGGUCCAAGUAGUAUUGACCAUGUACUAUGAUUGCAGACAAGUAAAAAGUCCAUGUGGAGAACAAAAGAGGUGAAAGACAAUCUUGAUAGCUGCCUGCUAUCAUCUCAUAUGCAUAGAUCUGGUCAGACAUUGUCUCUCAACUCCUUUUUUUUAUGUCUGAAGUUGCUGUUCAGACUGAGAUAUUGCCCCCUAGCCCCGCAGAGGCUAAAUGGUCAUUAAACUGAUAUCUGAUGGGUUCAGAGAUUGGGAUUUUAGACAGAAUUUUACAAACUGUGAAAUGCUAAAUGAUAGAUAGCUUUCUUAAGGGACUUUAGAAGGCUUCUUUUUCACAUUGUCAGUUUCAGUUCAGAUGGAUUUUUUUUUCUACUACAUGCACGCAUUGCUGCACGUAAUGAUCUUUCCUGAUGCACAGCUGUCCCAGCAAUACUUUCCCCCAUUGGAAGUCUUUGUCCUGCAAAUGCUGCCAUGUAAAAUACAUGGUUACAUGUAUACAUGGCUGAGAUAUCUGAUUUAACAUCUGGCUGGGGAAAUCAUGUUUCUGUAAUCCAGGUUUCUGGUUUACAUUAAGUUUAUGAAAUUACUGUAAAAAUCCACUAUACAAUUACUUUUUUUGUAGGAUACAUUUUUUUACUUCUCAUUUUGUUUAAAUUAAAUAUUUAUUUAUUGCACUCGAGGCACAACAGUACACCAAAAUUGCAGUUCAGCAACAGUGGGGGAAAACCCAAAUACACAAAGAUUAAUUAAUUUAUUUUCAUGUAUUUUGAAUGGACAGUAUUGCAAGUAAAGACACAGUCAUCUUGCUGGGGACUGAGGUAUUUUUUUGCCCUCUGGCAACUUUGGUGACCUAUUUAUGGGUCCUCACACUCUUGCCAUAGUGUAACGCGCCAAUGAGCUUGUUGUGCUAAAUGUUGCUAUAGGCGUAUGGCCAAAGUGUCUGGACUAUGUCUAGCUUGUGAAGCUUGGUUCCAAAAUACAUGCAUCGGUCUACAUACACUGCAAAAACCAAGUGACAAAAAUUAGAAAUAAAUAACUAGAAUUAAGCAAAUACAUGCUUGAAACAAGUAAAAUUACCUGCCAGUAAGUGCAGUAAGUACAUUUUCUUUUGUAAGAAUUAUUUUCAUAAGUAAAAAUAUCUAGGCACUGGAAAAACAAUGAUGUCUUAAAAUAAGUCCAAAAAUAUUUUAUUCCAAGCAACUGUGGCUUGAAAAGCCUAACUGUAGUAACAUUAAAAUAAGCCAGUUAUACUUGAAACGAGUUUUUUUCUCAUUUCAGUAUCUGUGGGUAGAUACUGGUGGUAGAAAAUGCUUUUGAAAUAGCAUUUAAACUACAUGCAACUAAAACUCUCAAUUGGAGCCAAUAUUUUAGGUAAAAAACUCAUCAAACUCAACAGUUGAAUAGAUUGAAAAGCAUGAAAAAGCUCACAAUGUCAAUCCUAAAAAGAAGUCUUUACACAAGACUGAAAUCCCUGUGAAGAGGUUAUUCAUUUGUUUUUGUUACAAAAAGAGACGUUCUUAAAAUAAGCAUGUGAAGCUAUGGUCAGUAGGUAAAUUAUGGUAAAUAGGUCAAUUAUACUCAAAACAAGAAAAUUCAGAUACUAUUGCUAGAUACAAGAAGAAAAUACUUGGUAAACGUCAUGUUUUUGCAGCGUAUCGUGUAAUCUGCAUGCAGCUCAUGCAAUGAAACACAACAUGAAGUCCUGGAUUAAGGAUUAAGACUUGACUCAGGAUCAAGAUAAAGUUCAUGGCUCCUAUUAGACAUGCGAUGGUUCAAGUAGGUUCAGAAUGGGAUUCAUAGAAUAAUUGCAAUGGAGGUCCUUCCACUCAUGAAAUAGCUUGGUGUUCUCACAUACAAAGGGUAUGUUAAAUACAAUACUAGUAUCUUUGUUCAUCUACCAAUGCUCCAGUGUGUGUUUGCAUUUGUGUAGGUGGACAUGUGUUUAAGUGUCUGUGAACGCUGCCAGUAACUGGAUGCUCCAAUAUGUCUAUGAAUAUGUGUUGGCAGCCAUAUGAACCACUUGGCUGCUGAGUAGGAGAAGAGCAGAGGAGUAGGAGGGAGAGAAGAUGGGAGGCCUGACCUUGCAGAUGAUUCAGUCAAUGGAGUAAUCACAACUAUUCCUCUGAGUCUGCAGUACAAACAGGAGGUUACCAACAAGGCUGCACUCACUUCUGCUGUCUCUUCUUCUCUUCAUUUAUCUCCUUCAUCUGUCUCUCGCACACAGUUGCUUUUUCUGGGGCAGAAAUCGACUGGGUCUUGUGUAUGUGUGUGUGUGUGUGUGUGUGUUAGGGGCCCUGACACAGAAGCUGUUUUAUCUGAUAUUCCCAUGUUGUGUGUCUCAUCAUGAACUGGGGAGGGGUUCAAGUGCCUGCAAUAUCUAACACAUUUUUUUCCUCCUCAUAUGCAAAUUUGAUAAUAUCCCAUAAUGCACGUUUAUUAUUUCUGUUGUGUAAUUAAUGUUUGCGCGCCGCCUCUGUGACACAUGGAUUCUUCCCAUAAAGCUAUUGUUUCGAGGGAUUUUUUUUUUUUAUCCUGGGAGAAAUGAGAAAUAUAUUGUUAUUGUUUCAUUGUGUUUUUAUGACCAUCCCUCAUUGUAUUUUAUUAUCCACAAUAUGGUACUAUGGUGGUAAAAAAAUGACUAAUAUGUAAGCACAGUGCAAUUUUCCUUUUUACAACAGUGUAUCAUUAAGAACCGUUUCUGCCAUUCUCUGUACAUACAAUAUGAACUUUUUUUCAGUGAAUAAAUUGAGGGUGGAUUCAAAUUCUUGUACCAAUAAUUUCCCUUGAUUGAGCUGCUUUAACAUUCAUAAACGGCUUCUCUUCUUGAGAAAACACUCUGAUAAAACACCAGUAUAAUUAAAAGCAGUUCAUGAAAAUCGCAUUUCUUGCUGAUACAAAACUGCAGUUUUUAAAGAUAUGACAUUGCUGAUUAAAGAAUCUAAA